CUAGUACCCAGGGUACCUUUCGUGCAGCAGAAAGUCGAACCGUAGAAAGCUGGUCCACAAUAAUUCGAGUCGUAGAAAGUCGGGUCGUGGAAAUCGAGUUUGAAAAAAAUGUUAAAAGUUCUUUACUUAUGUGAGAAACUGCACCAACACCUGCCAGCUUUGCUAGCGACUGACUCGACUGACUGUAUAGGACAUAGGAAAUGACAAAAUGCCAAAUGGACUUUCUGAUAUUUCGUUUGUCUUGUGGUCAGUCGAGCAAGAAUUGGCUAGCAAUGCUAGCCGGUGCUGGCGCAGUUUGCACGGGGCUUUAGGCACAAAGUAAUGGGAGGCUAGGCGCAUGCGCAAACGAGCCAGCAAAUUCCAUUUUCAGAUCUGCGCGCUCUACUCGCAACGCGCGCGUGACGUCAUGGCCGCUAGUGACGUAAUAAUGAAAAUCAGAAAAGAAAUCAAAGAGACCCAAGCUAGCUUACAAGCUACAGAUCUACGAUGAUCUGGAUAAUUGUAAGCGCCAUAUUAGGGUCUCUAUUAGGAAUACUUGACUAUGUAUUCCCGGAACUACAAAUAUUGUAUUUACCAAAACUUUUAGCGGCAGAGUCGCGCAAUGUAAUUCUUGGAAUUACAGCUUUUCCAGAACCACGCCCUCUUCCCGAGUAUCGUGACAGAGGGUUUGGAUAUGCCCGGGAGCCUACACUCCCCUGUGACAUGUAUAACAACAUGCACACCCCCGUGGAAUUGGUUCAAAAGACAACCGCCCUGGCCGUCAUACCAUCUGCACCGGAAGUGGUACCAUUAUGGUGCAAUCCUUACUUCCUGUUUUUUGUCGUCAUGGCGACCAUGAUCACGGCUGCAGUUUUAGCAGUGAACUGGGACGAUGGGGACCCAAAUGAGAAGGUUAUAGAAGACAAGGACAAAAAGUCUUCAGACUUGACGGCCUGCCUGCUAGAGGAACAAGACGCACUUCCAACAACCUUCAACCCUCUGGACAACUGCGCCGAGAAUGAUUUGUGUGGUGAACAGACCCCAAACAUCAGUACAGAAGAGAUAGAGGAGGUAGUUCAAGCAUUGGUUCCCUGUCGUGUGCAGAAUGAGUCCAGAUCACCUACUGUCAUGGGCACCAAGUCCAUAAUCAAAAUAGCUCCAGUGGCCGGGGGGUAUCAUAACACCCACAAGUUAAGCAGCAUGACACGUCAAGACGAAUCUGACACCAGAUUUCUAAUUACCAUACCAACAGCUGGACAGUCGCUGUGUGAGGAUGCUGUGAAGAUUGAAGUAUCAUUUAAAGAUGCGUCACCAAUUAAAAACGCAGUUAUCAUCUCGAAUGCACCGGGUGCUUGGGGAUGGCGUUGCAUUCCAACCUUAGUGGAUGCUCUUUUUCCAGACACUGUGGCAUCACACCAUUGCAGAUCAGUCAGCGCUGCUGCGAGCACCAGUGAUAUAGGGAUUCUCACAUUAAAUAUUGGCUGGCUGAAAUCCAUUUUGACCACCGCAUAUCCCGAUUACGUCAAUGCAUUGCCAAGAACUGCAGAACAACAAAUAGACUUGCCUUCAAAGGCUAAGGGACCAAUACAUGAUGGCCCAAAACCAGGAUCUGUGCAAGCUGCGAGAGCUAAGAGAACUGCUUUACCUGUACCGCAGAAACCGUUGGACAAGGAAAACAAACCGACAUUCCUGGAGGCGAAAGUAUUACAGGAAUUCACCCAGACACAUGCUUCUAAGGGAGGUAUCCCAUCAACUCCAGGCAAGACAUCAGAAGUGUCUAAGAACUCUCAAAAGUGCCUCAGAACUUUCCAUCCUAGACCUCUGACUUUCUUAUCCAAAGAAGCUCUAAGUAAACAGCUAGCAUUCAGAUCACCUGCUUCCAAGAAGGGGCCAGAACCAACUCAGCCCGUGGAAAAGGAGAAACGAGUUAAGGCGGAGCACAGCACCGGCUGGCUAUCAGCACUGGCAAGAGUGGUAAGCAAUGUUAACCGCCUGACGUCUUCGGACAGCGACACCAUCGAGGGACGUCAACUGCUACCUCCGAAGACCAUUGCACCCGUUUUUCCCAAGGUUGACUCUUACCUGGCUCCUGUUCCUAUUUUCAACAUCAAAGGAAACCAGGAGUUACACAUGGCAUUGCACUUGAGUGAUCACGAGGAGUUAGAAGGCGAAAACUCUUCAGAGAUUGUCAUGACUUCCCUCGAAGAGUCUUCUAUGGAUACGUACGAGAUUGUUUCGGCCACAAUAGCGACAGCACACGUAAGCACCUUAAGCCAUCUUGGACCUGACAUUGCUCAGAAAAGCAAUUGCAUUACUGCUGUUUACACCGAAGGCGAAGCCAGGAUUUUAGAGAAAUCUAGAAUCGAAAUUCUUCCAAGAGGUGCCAUAUCAUCUGCUACACCUACCAUCUCAUCCAACAGCCACACUGCCACUGUUGCAUCCUUAAAGAACGUCAAGGAGAAGUUACUGCAACGUGCGAGGGGUACUGCAAGCGGUAUCAGUAGCAGUAUGGCUAUCGGUGGUUGCGUGUUUAGGACCGUGAGUCGUCCAUUGUCGGCACCAUUAUCAAGACGGUCUGGCAUUGGCGACCUUGAACGCGAGUUGCCGACCCCGAGGCAAGCGUCUCGCACGAUAUCACUCCCAGACCUGACUAUGGGUGCAACUCGGGAUCUAUUUGCUAAUGGCGAACAAGCAAAGUCAUCUAAGCUGCAAUUAUAUACACCAAAACCACAAUCAGUACUAGAGCAAUUGACUAAGACCGGGUCAGCAGAGGCUCAAUCAUUACUGGUGCCGUCGUCAUCGGAUAAACCCAAAUCAUUAGAGCCACAUUCAAUGCUGGUAACAUCGACUAACGCCAAGUCAGCAGAUGCUCAAUCAGUACUUGUACCGACGAGCAAGACCAACUCAGCAGAGCCACAAUCAGUACUGGUAGAAGCCCGUAGAAGCAAGUCAAACGCGAAUUCCUCGAAUAGUAACAUCAGUGAGGAGCCUGGCAAAGCUGAAACAACAAAAACCAGGCAAUCAGCUUCUAUAUCCCACAUUUCUAAAAUCAAGAAAGAAAGAACCAGUUCUUUAAAUUCAAUUUCUGCUACUGAUCACCCUAGCAGAACGCAAAGAUCCAAGACCACCGAAUCCAUUUCCUCAAAAUCUGGUUCGUCUAUCACUACUCCCCAGAGUGACAAAGACAGAGCCAACUGCACUAGAUACAUCCCAAAGUGUUCUUCUUCUGCUACUACUCCCCCAAGCAAAAAUGCUCGACCAAAGACAACUGAAAGCAGGUCAGUAGCACGCAGCAAUUCAAGAACAAAUGGCGACUCACGCACUUCAGCGUCUAUAACACCGUCACCGUACAUGCUGAAGAUGAUAAGGGAGAACCUGAGCACUAGCAGCCUUUUAAUGACACCUUCAGAAAAGUGCCCUCAGACACCUUUACCAUCGAAACCAACUAAAGCACAAAAAAGAAAGGCACGCAGGGCGAAGCUGGAGAUGUACCUUAGAAUGAGCUUAAACACUCAAGAGGCUCAUAGUCCUAAAACACCAGGCGUUGCCAAAUGCCCAAUCAAAAUAACUGAAGAUGAAUCCCCGACGACGGGAACAAUACCUGCGAGUACUUCCAAGAAUCCCGUAAAGGACGUGUGUGUAAUCGAGAGUCCUUCACCUCUAUCCGAAUAUGACAUUCAAGAAAGCAGCGGGACAAAACAACCCAAACAGACUGACCAACCAAAAGAGACACGGUCUCAGAAGAGGAGACGUCGAGAGAAAGCUAAGCUAUAUGCUAGCUUGCGAACAGCUUCUGAUGACAUAGUGCCAGCCAACGACAGCAAGGAGGAGAAUGGGCGGGCUAUAGUCACUGAGAUUGACGAGGCAAUUGCUAAAGCUGCCUUACCUACUUGCAAGAACGUUUCAGAUGCUAAUGCUGUAAAUGAGAGAACUUUAGAUUCAUCCAUGUGUCCUAGUGAGACCUCGAUUGACGUCGAAGACAAUCUCGAAGUAGGUACCCUCGAAAGCACUCAGAAGUUUGAUGAAAUCGACUUUUCUAAAGACGCAAAUAAGGAGACAUCAGAGCAAAUGACGCCAUCAAUGAAACUAGACCCUAAAGUCCAAUCCUUGUCUUUCCCAUCUAACGAAGUCGGUACUCUCGAAAGCACUCAGAAGUUUAAGGAAAUCGACAUGUCUCAAGACGCAAAAAAGAGUGCAAACGGAAUGACGCCAUCAAUGGGACUAAAGCCUGAUUUCCAAUCACUGUCUAUCCCAUCUGAAGAAGUAGGUACCCUCGAAAGCACUCAGAAGUUUGAGGAAAUAGACUUUUCUCAAGACGCAAAGGAGAAGAGUGCACAGCAAAUGACGCCAUCAUUGGGACUAAAGCCUGAUGUCCAAUCCCUGUCUUUCCCAUCUGACAAAGUAGGUGCCGUCGAAAACACUCAGAAAUUUGAGGAAAUCGACUUGUCUCAAGAUUCAAAAGAGGGGACAUCAAAGCAAAUGACGCCAUCAAUGACUCUAAAGCCUGAUGUCCAAUUCUUGUCUAUCCCAUCUGAAAAAGUAGGUACCCUCGAAAGCACCCAGAAGUUUGAUGAAAUCGACUUAUCUCAAGACGUAAAACAUGAGAGUGUGGAGCAAAUGACGCCAUCAAUGAGUCUAAAGCCUGAUGUACAAACCUUGUCCAUCCCAUUUGACAAGCCCCCUAAGGUUUCCUUUUCGGCUCCCUCCCUCAUGGGAACAGACGAAAUCAUAUGCCAAUCACUUGAGCAUGCAGGAAAGACCCCUCCUGCUCUCUCGAGCAUUCCACAGCAGCUGGAUACCCGCCGAGAGAUUAAAGAAAACAGCGGGACAAACCAACCCCAAACGACUGAUAAACCAAAAGAGACACGGUCGCAGAAGAGGAGGAGACGUCGAGAGAAAGCUAAGCUAUAUGCUAGCUUGCGAACACCUUCUGAUGACAUAGUGCCAGCCAACAACAGCAAGGAGGAGAAUGGGCGGGCUAUAGUCACUGAGAUUGACGAGGCAAUUGCUAAAGCUGCCUUAACAACGUGCAUGGACUUGCCAGGUGCUGAUAAGGGCCUCUGUGUAAACGAGAUAUCUUCAGAUUCAUCCAUGUGUCCUAGUGAGACCUCGGUUGACGUCGAAGACAAUCUCGAAGUAGGUACCCUCGAAAGCACUCAGAAGUUUGAUGAAAUCGACUUAUCUCAAGACGCAAAGGAGAAGAGUGCACAGCAAAUGACGCCAUCAUUGGGACCAAAGCCUGAUGUCAAAUCCCUGUCUUUCCCAUCUGACAAAGUAGGUGCCCUCCAAAACACUCAGAAGUUUGAGGAAAUCGACUUGUCUCAAGAUACAAAAGAGGGGACAUCAAAGCAAAUGACGCCAUCAAUUAGUUUAAAGCCGGAUGUCCAAUUAUUGUCUAUCCCAUCUGACGAAGUCGGUACCCUCGAAAGCACCCAGAUGUGUGAUAAAAUCUACUUAUCUCAAGACGUAAAGCAUGAGAGUGUGGAGCAAAUGACGCCAUCAAUGAGUCUAAAGCCUGAUGUACAAACCUUAUCUAUCCCAUCUGACAAGCCUCUUAAGGUUUCCUCUUCGGCUCCCUCCCUCAUGGGAACAGACGAAAUCAUAUGCCAAUCACUUGAGCAUGCAGGAAAGACCCCUCCUGCUCUCUCGAGCAUUUCACAGCAGCUGGAUACCCGCCGGGAGAUUCAAGAAAACAGCGGGACAAACCAACCCCAAUCGACUGAUAAACCAAAAGAGACACGGUCUCAGAAGAGGAGUAGACGUCGAGAGAAAGCUAAGCUAUAUGCUAGCUUGCGAACACCUUCUGAUGACAUAGUGCUAGCCAACGACAGCAAGGAGGAGAAUGGGCGGGCUAUAGUCACUGAGAUUGACGAGGCAAUUGCUAAAGCUGCCUUAACAACGUGCAUGGACUUGCCAGGUGCUGAUAAGGGCCUCUGUGUAAACGAGAAAACUUCUGAUUCAUCCAUGUGUCCUAGUGAGACCUCGAUUGACGUCCAAGACAAUCUCGAGUUAGGUACCCUCGAAAGCACUCAGAAGUUUGAGGAAAUCGACUUAUCUCAAGACGCAAAGGAAAAGAGUGCACAGCAAAUGACACCAUCAUUGGGACUAAAGCCUGAUGUCCAAUCCCUGUCUUUCCCAUCUGACAAAGUAGGUGCCUUCGAAAACACUCAGAAAUUUGAGGAAAUCGACUUGUCUCAAGAUCCAAAAGAGGGGACAUCAAAGCAAAUGACGCCAUCAAUGAGUUUAAAGCCGGAUGUCCAAUUCUUGUCUAUCCCAUCUGACGAAGUCGGUACCCUCGAAAGCACCCAGAUGUGUGAUAAAAUCUACUUAUCUCAAGACGUAAAACACGAGAGUGUGGAGCAAAUGACGCCAUCAAUAAGUCUAAAGCCUGAUGUACAAACCUUAUCUAUCCCAUCUGACAAGCCUCCUAAGGUUUCCUUUUCGGCUCCCUCCCUCAUGGGAACAGACGAAAUCAUAUGCCAAUCACGUGAGCAUGCAGGAAAGACCCCUCCUGCUCUCUCGAGCAUUCCACAGCAGCUGGAUACCGGCCGGGAGAUUCAAGAAAACAGCGGGACAAACCAACCCCAAACGACUGAUAAACCAAAAGAGACACGGUCUCAGAAGAGGAGGAGACGUCGAGAAAAAGCUAAGCUAUAUGCUAGCUUGCGAACAGCUUCUGAUGACAUAGUGCUAGCCAACGACAGCAAGGAGGAGAAUGGGCGGGCUAUAGUCACUGAGAUUGACGAGGCAAUUGCUAAAGCUGCCUUAACAACGUGCAUGGACUUGCCAGGUGCUGAUAAGGGCCUCUGUGUAAACGAGAAAACUUCAGAUUCAUCCAUGUGUCCUAGUGAGACCUCGAUUGACGUCGAAGAGAAUCUCGAGUUAGGUACCCUCGAAAGCACUCAGAAGUUUGAGGAAAUCGACUUAUCUCAAGACGCAAAGGAAAAGAGUGCACAGCAAAUGACGCCAUCAUUGGGACUAAAGCCUGAUGUCCAAUCCCUGUCUUUCCCAUCUGACAAAGUAGGUGCCUUCGAAAGCACCCAGAAGUUUGAUGAAAUCGACUUAUCUCAAGACGUAAAGCAUGAGAGUGUGGAGCAAAUGACGCCAUCAAUGAGUCUAAAGUCUGAUGUACAAACCUUGUCUAUCCCAUCUGACAAGCCUCCUAAGGUUUCCUUUUCGGCUCCCUCCCUCAUGGGAACAGACGAAAUCAUAUGCCAAUCACUUGAGCAUGCAGGAAAGACCCCUCCUGCUCUCUCGAGCAUUCCACAGCAGCUGGAUAUCCGCCGGGAGAUUCAAGAAAACAGCGGGACAAACCAACCCCAAACGACUGAUAAACCAAAAGAGACACGGUCUCAGAAGAGGAGUAGACGUCGAGAGAAAGCUAAGCUAUAUGCUAGCUCGCGAACACCUUCUGGUGACAUAGUGCUAGCCAACGACAACAAGGAGGAGAAUGGGCGGGCUAUAGUCACUGAGAUUGACGAGGCAAUUGCUAAAGCUGCCCUAACAACGUGCAUGGACUUGCCAGGUGCUGAUAAGGGCCUCUGUGUAAACGAGAAAACUUCAGAUUCAUCCAUGUGUCCUAGUGAGACCUCGAUUGACGUCGAAGACAAUCUCGGGUUAGGUACCCUCGAAAGCACUCAGAAGUUUGAGGAAAUCGACUUAUCUCAAGACGCAAAGGAGAAGAGUGCACAGCAAAUGACGCCAUCAUUGGGACCAAAGCCUGAUGUCAAAUCCCUGUCUUUCCCAUCUGACAAAGUAGGUGCCCUCCAAAACACUCCGAAGUUUGAGGAAAUCGACUUGUCUCAAGAUACAAAAGAGGGGACAUCAAAGCAAAUGACGCCAUCAAUUAGUUUAAAGCCGGAUGUCCAAUUAUUGUCUAUCCCAUCUGACGAAGUCGGUACCCUCGAAAGCACCCAGAUGUGUGAUAAAAUCUACUUAUCUCAAGACGUAAAACAUGAGAGUGUGGAGCAAAUGACGCCAUCAAUGAGUCUAAAGCCUGAUGUACAAACCUUAUCUAUCCCAUCUGACAAGCCUCCUAAGGUUUCCUCUUCGGCUCCCUCCCUCAUGGGAACAGACGAAAUCAUAUGCCAAUCACUUGAGCAUGCAGGAAAGACCCCUCCUGCUCUCUCGAGCAUUUCACAGCAGCUGGAUACCCGCCGAGAGAUUCGAGAAAACAGCGGGACAAACCAACCCCAAACGACUGAUAAACCAAAAGAGACACGGUCGCAGAAGAGGAGGAGACGUCGAGAGAAAGCUAAGCUAUAUGCUAGCUUGCGAACACCUUCUGAUGACAUAGUGCUAGCCAACGACAGCAAGGAGGAGAAUGGGCGGGUUAUAGUCACUGAGAUUGACGAGGCAAUUGCUAAAGCUGCCUUAACAACGUGCAUGGACUUGCCAGGUGCUGAUAAGGGCCUCUGUGUAAACGAGAAAACUUCAGAUUCAUCCAUGUGUCCUAGUGAGACCUCGAUUGACGUCGUAGACAAUCUCGAGUUAGGUACCCUCGAAAGCACUCAGAAGUUUGAGGAAAUCGACUUAUCUCAAGACGCAAAGGAGAAGAGUGCACAGCAAAUGACGCCAUCAUUGGGACUAAAGCCUGAUGUCAAAUCCCUGUCUUUCCCAUCUGACAAAGUAGGUGCCCUCCAAAACACUCAGAAGUUUGAGGAAAUCGACUUGUCUCAAGAUACAAAAGAGGGGACAUCAAAGCAAAUGACGCCAUCAAUGAGUUUAAAGCCGGAUGUCCAAUUCUUGUCUAUCCCAUCUGACGAAGUCGGUACCCUCGAAAGCACCCAGAUGUGUGAUAAAAUCUACUUAUCUCAAGACGUAAAACACGAGAGUGUGGAGCAAAUGACGCCAUCAAUGAGUCUAAAGCCUGAUGUACAAACCUUGUCUAUCCCAUCUGACAAGCCUCCUAAGGUUUCCUUUUCGGCUCCCUCCCUCAUGGGAACAGACGAAAUCAUAUGCCAAUCACUUGAGCAUGCAGGAAAGACCCCUCCUGCUCUUUCGAGCUUUCCACAGCAGCUGGAUAUCCGCCGGGAGAUUCAAGAAAACAGCGGGACAAACCAACCCCAAACGACUGAUAAACCAAAAGAGACACGGUCUCAGAAGAGGAGGAGACGUCGAGAAAAAGCUAAGCUAUAUGCUAGCUUGCGAACACCUUCUGAUGACAUAGUGCUAGCCAACGACAGCAAGGAGGAGAAUGGGCGGGCUAUAGUCACUGAGAUUGACGAGGCAAUUGCUAAAGCUGCCUUAACAACGUGCAUGGACUUGCCAGGUGCUGAUAAGGGCCUCUGUGUAAACGAGAAAACUUCUGAUUCAUCCAUGUGUCCUAGUGAGACCUCGAUUGACGUCGAAGACAAUCUCGAGUUAGGUACCCUCGAAAGCACUCAGAAGUUUGAGGAAAUCGACUUAUCUCAAGACGCAAAGGAGAAGAGUGCACAGCAAAUGACGCCAUCAUUGGGACCAAAGCCUGAUGUCAAAUCCCUGUCUUUCCCAUCUGACAAAGUAGGUGCCCUCCAAAACACUCAGAAGUUUGAGGAAAUCGACUUGUCUCAAGAUACAAAAGAGGGGACAUCAAAGCAAAUGACGCCAUCAAUUAGUUUAAAGCCGGAUGUCCAAUUAUUGUCUAUCCCAUCUGACGAAGUCGGUACCCUCGAAAGCACCCAGAUGUGUGAUAAAAUCUACUUAUCUCAAGACGUAAAACAUGAGAGUGUGGAGCAAAUGACGCCAUCAAUGAGUCUAAAGCCUGAUGUACAAACCUUAUCUAUCCCAUCUGACAAGCCUCCUAAGGUUUCCUCUUCGGCUCCCUCCCUCAUGGGAACAUACGAAAUCAUAUGCCAAUCACGUGAGCAUGCAGGAAAGACCCCUCCUGCUCUCUCGAGCAUUUCACAGCAGCUGGAUACCCGCCGGGAGAUUCAAGAAAACAGCGGGACAAACCAACCCCAAACGACUGAUAAACAAAAAGAGACACGGUCGCAGAAGAGGAGGAGACGUCGAGAGAAAGCUAAGCUAUAUGCUAGCUUGCGAACACCUUCUGAUGACAUAGUGCUAGCCAACGACAACAAGGAGGAGAAUGGGCGGGCUAUAGUCACUGAGAUUGACGAGGCAAUUGCUAAAGCUGCCUUAACAACGUGCAUGGACGUGCCAGGUGCUGAUAAGGGCCUCUGUGUAGAUGAGAUAACUUCAGAUUCAUCCAUGUGUCCUAGUGAGACCUCGGUUGACGUCGAAGACAAUCUCGAAGUAGGUAGCCUCGAAAGCACUCAAAAGUUUCAGGAAAUAGACUUUUCUCAAGACGCAAAGGAGAAGAGCGCACAGCAAAUGACGCCAUCAUUGGGACUAAAGCCUGAUGUCAAAUCCCUGUCUUUCCCAUCUGACAAAGUAGGUGCCUUCGAAAACACUCAGGAAUUUGAGGAAAUCGACUUGUCUCAAGAUGCAAAAGAGGGGACCUCAAAGCAAAUGACACCAUCACUGAGACUAAAGCCGAAAAUUAUAUGCCAAUCAAUUGAACAUGCAGAAAAGACCCCUCCCGUUGUUAUGAAAAUUAUACAGCAGCUGAACACCCGACGGGAUGUAGAUCUGCUGAGAAAGUCACAAUCCGCUCAUACAAUGAUCCUCCGGACUAAAUCAACGGAUCCAAAAAGAUGGAGAUCUCUCUCUGACAUGGAUAGGGACCAAACGGCACAACUGUAUAGCGUUAGCAAGCCAUUAUACCAUAAGUACAGAAAAGAAUCUAAAACAUGGCUCAGCUCACAUGUACUGUCUGGAUCAAACGCACGUUUACCCAGUCCAUGUUUGAGUAGUGAAAUUGGAAGUAUACUAGCGUCUUCCGAUAACAUUUUCCUUAAAUCCUGCCUAGGGGAAAGCGAUGUCGAGCUUAAUGAGUCCUUCACUUCGUCAGAGAUGCAUCAGCAAGAUGAUACCGCCCAAUUGCUACUACCGUCUAUUGCAAGUGAGGAGACAUUUGCUUUGGACGACGACGUCUUGCAGGAUGCCACUGAGAAAUCUGACACGACAGCGUCAAUAGGAAUUGAAGAGCAAACUACUCCUAUCGAUGACAUCCAAACAGAUGCCACUCAGACAUCACGAAAUGACAAUACCUCCAAAGAGGAAAAGUGUGAAAUAGUUCACGAGGUCUUCCAAGAUGCCAUUGAAAAAUUCCAACCAACAGUUUCUCCAGCGUCUAUGGCAACUGAAGACAUUUUUAAGAAGACGCUUCAAGCCCCUAACGUAUUCAACACCGCCAGUGAGACAACGCCCGCACUUAACGCACACCCGUUCUCAACUGUUUCAUCUGCUGAGAAUGCAAAUGCAUCGUCUCUCCAAAUUGAUAAUGCAAUAAAGUCUACACCGUGUACUGCAGGUGGCAAAGUUUCAGCAGAGGGUCAAGAACUUCAACGUCAAGAACUUCAACGGAACGUUCGUUUUGCUGAAAUGGGUGAAUCGAAUCCUCUAGGGGGAUCCUCAACAGCUGAUUUGCAAACACCUUCUGCAAGGAACUCCAUCAUGAAAACGGUUUUGAAGACUAUCAAACGCGAGAAACAAAUGCCUAUGGACGAGAGUGUGACGAUGACCCGAAGGGAUUGGAAGAGACGGGGCAUAAAGUCCAAGACAAUCAAACAACACCUUGAUGCUGAUAACAUCCACAAGCCGUGUAGACUCCUUGCUAAAGCUACAAUUCAUCAAGGGUGGUCAAAGCUUGUGUGUCCAGGUGUGCAGUGUACCAGCAUGGCAUACCUGGCUGUUCUGAGGUCGAAACUCAAAGAAGUCACCAGUUGGACAUCAGAGGAUCUCGACACAUUGAUAAGAAAGGGGGACGAAGUGCACAGUGGGAGGCUUGCAGAGCUCAAACGCCCGCAGAGGUCUUAUUUGCACAUCGACGAGCUGGAUUACGAACUCAAAAUCUGGAACCGCCAGUUCAAUGUGACGAAGGAGGUCCUAUCAGGCGACAUCGUCAAGGAUCUGAGCAGCUUCAACGAAGACGAGUACGACCCCUACCCACCUCUGGAGAAGACAUUCCAAGACCUCCGGGAUUGUGACAGCUUCCUCCUGCGAUACUUAAGUUUGACCAUCGCUAUAAUCCGGACCUCGUCGGGCUUUGUCGUGUACGACUCCCACGCGAGGGACCACGAGGGUUAUGCGGACCCGCGUGGAUGCUCCGUCCUCUUGAUGUUUGAUAACGUCAACAGCCUUAUAAGGCACAUCCGCCAUUUUGUCAAAAAUAAAGGACGCCGAGAAAACAUGUUUGACAAUCUACCGCUGACUAUGCACCAGAGAUCAUACGAGCUGGCAGGUCUACAAGUCACCCUCAUGAAUUAGAUAGAACUCUGAUAUGAACUUACUCAUAGACCUUUUAUAUCACCUCCAAGAACUCGGAUAGAAUUCCAACUCAGCCUAUUUAUAUUAUACUUUUUAUAUCAGCCUCAGGAAUAAGAAAGAACUUUGAUACAUACCUGUUAAUAGAACUCUGAUAUAAAACUAUUAAUAUUCCUUUUACAUCACCGCCAGGAACAAGACAGAAAUAAACCUGUUUUUAUUCCUUUUAUAUCACGCCUAGAACUGACACCAGUCUAUCUCGUACAAUUCAUAUACCUGUUUACUUAUAUAUGCUUUAAACUUAACUUAUUCAUUCGCAAACUAAUAAAUGUUCUUUCCGUUUAA